AAAUGGCCCAACUCCAUAAAAAUCAGCCCAAACCCAAUCCAACACCAACCCAUUUUAAUUGAGCCCACUAAAUUAUCAAAAUCCAAGCCCACCAACUACCCAAAACCCAUUUAACCAAAAAAAAAAAGGGAGGACGGAAUCUUCUUCAAAGCCAACCCUAGCCUUCUCUCUCUUUUAAAACCGGAAAUAUGGCAAGAAGAAGGAAGAGGGCCUGCAGAACAGAAAACAAAGAAAGGGAAAGAUCUCCUGCCUUGCUCCCCUACGCCCUUGCGCCUGCAGGCCUGCACCAGCCCUUGCACCGGCGCUGCACCAGCCUGCGCCUCUGCCCUGUGCCCCUGCACCGGCCCUGCACCAGCCUGCGCCCCUGCCCUGUGCCCCUAUACCGGCCCUGCACAGGCCCUGCACUAGCCCUGCAAUAGCCCUGCACUUUCCUCUUUGCGCCCCUGUGCUUCAAAUCCCCUCUGCCUCUGCGCGCCUGCACCAGCCUCGCGCCCCUGCAUCAGCCUCGCGCCCUGCACCGGCCUUGCGUCACGCCCCCCACUGGCUGCAAUCCUCUGCACGCCACUGCAGCCCAGCCCGUGCCUGCUCUCCUGCACAAGAAACAAAAAAAAGGGGCUUUCGUCCCUUGCUUUUCCUUGCAUAAAUCAGCAGCUUGGGGAAUUUUGGCGCUUUAGGAUCAACAGUAAAAAAAAAAAAAGGGGUAGGAUUGGAAUGCUAGAAAAAGAAGGAUCUCUGCCCUUGCUUUUGUGGGUAUAAAUAGAGAGUUUUAGGUUAGGAAGAGGGGGGUUCUUUGGUUGAUUUCUGGAUCUGGUUUUGGGAGUCUCGUCUGGGUUUUCGAGAGUAGUAAAGGGAGAUUUUGUGGAGCUUCCAGAUGAGUCAUCGGAGACUUAGCAUCUUCUGGGUUUUAUUCUCUUAGGUAAUUUCUGAACAGAGGAAUUUUUGGGGAAGAGCCGUGAGGGAGAAGAAGGGAGCUUGAUCCCGUGGGUGGGAUCCCUCCCUUCGGAUCUUAAUCUGCUUUUUUUUUAGAAAUUUCGCCUUGUUUGAUUUUGAUUGCAGUAGAUUUUUGCUGUAUUGAAAUUGUAUUAAAUGAUGAUAUUGGGAAUGAAAUCAAGCAUGAAUUUCAUG